CUGGAUGUGGGAAGCCGGCUGUGACAUACAAUUUCAAGCAGAGGAGGAGGAGCUUUUCCAUUCUGACAAACAGACUCGACUGGGAUGGAAUUCCGACCCACCCAGAGAAUGGGGUGAAAUUCCACUGAGAGUGGAUACAGAGAGUCCAGUGCCCGUGCUCCAAGCUUGUGGAAGAAGCAUAACGAGAACUAUUUUAAGCCAGUGGAGGGAGCGUAAAGACGCCCACUAUCUACUGAUGGAUGUUGCAUUUGCCCAAGAACAGGAGCCGUCUGGUCAGCUCAGCCCUCUACAAGUUCACCUUUUUGACUCGGAUACACCCAUCACAAGAUUUCAAAAUAGUUGGACAGUCCUGGACCUCCAGACCUCCAAGCCGUUCCCUGUCACAUCAGUCCCUCCAACCCAAAUAUCCAGCCACCUGAACCGCAGCCUGGCUCUGAGCCUGGGCUCUGUCAGCCGCAGAGGCUUCCAGCUCGCCUUCUCCUACUCAGGAACAUGUGUGCUGAUAACAUCCAUCAGACUGUACUACAGGAGGUGCCCUGACAUUGUGGCUUACCUGGUCUCGUUUAAGGGGACAGGGGCUGGGUCGGGUCCCAUGACGGGUUCCUGUGUAAAGGGAGCUGUGGAGGUUGCUGCACCUGUUAGAGAAUGUAAUGUGGAUGGAGUAUGGGGUCCACUGCAGGGGGGAUGUACCUGUGAACGCGGUCAUCAAGUUAUCGAUGACACCUGUCAAGCAUGUAGAAUGGGCCACUACAAACCAGCCAAUGAGAGUGGAGGAUGUCGGCUGUGCCCACAGAACAGCAGGACACAUGGGGAGGGAUCAGAGAGGUGCGACUGUCUACAAGGUUUCAGCCGCCUGCCAACUGACCCUGAUGACCUCGGCUGCACCAAGCUGCCCUCUGCUCCUGUAAAUCUAACAGCCCAUCAUCAUAAUGACUCUGUGCUGAUAGUGACGUGGGAUCCUCCUUAUGACUGGGGAGGCAGACAGGAAGUGAUGUAUCGUGUCAAGUGUGAGAAGAAAGCAGAGGCUGGCAGUCAGUGGGAGGCAUGUGGAGAAGAUGUGAUUUUCCUGCCAGACUCAGCAGGGCUGACCAGCACAUCAGUCAGCAUCGUAGGAAUCAAUCCACAGCAUGACUACAGUCUGUCAGUGCAAGCCUGGAAUGAUCUAUUCACCCUGCAGGGGGCGCCACCUUCAUCCACUGCCACUGUUACUAUUCAUAGAUGGAAAGUUCCUCCUCUGGUGAUCACUGUGACCCCGGGCUUAAACGACUCAGAGCAUAAAAUAACACCAGCUCCUCAGCACCGGAGUCGCUUCUCCAUAUGGCUGACAGUUGGUGUUGUAUUUGGCAGCCUGCUGCUCAUGGCUGCAAUCUCCAUUGCUGUGUGUGUCCUGCGCUGCAACUACACUAAACUCAGGUUUGACCAGGAAGCAGAGCUUUUGCAGAUGAACGCUGAAUUUUCCUACCGACGUCCGCAGGAGGUGGAUGCUGCACCCCAGCAGGCCAACAUGGUGGAGGGUGUGGUCCAGUUGUUGGAGGGGCUCAGUGGCAGGCUGCUGGCCAGUCUUAAGGAUGUCCUGGUAGAGAGAAACAAGCUCACCCUGGGCAAAGAGCUUGGCAAAGGAGAGUAUGGCUCAGUCUAUGAAGGGGUCUUUACACCAGAUGAAGGCAUGGACAUCAAGGUGGCUGUGAAGACCAUGAGAGUUGGAAUCCACAGCCAGGAAGACUUAUAUGAGUUUUUGAGAGAGGCAGAGAUCAUGCAGAACUUUGAUCAUGAAAAUGUCGUCAGACUACUCGGGGUCACUUUACAGAGAGAGCAGGACUCUCUGCCUGUUCCUCUGGUCAUCCUGCCCUACAUGAAACAUGGAGACCUGCGUCGCUUCCUCAUUGCUACACGCUAUGGUGAUCUUCCUAUGUUUGUGCCCCAUCAGAGUCUCUUGCGCUUCAUGAUUGACAUUGCAUCAGGAAUGGACUAUCUGAGCUCGCAGGGGUUCCUGCAUAGAGACCUGGCUGCACGCAACUGCAUGCUGGGUAAUGACCUUAGGGUGUGUGUGGCUGACUUCGGCCUGUCCAAGAAAAUCUACAGCAGCAAUUAUUAUCGUCAGAAAGUAGCUAUUCGUGUGCCAAUCAAGUGGAUGGCCAUGGAGAGCCUGUCUGAGUCUGUCUACACCACCAAAAGUGACGUCUGGUCAUUUGGGGUGACCAUGUGGGAGAUUGUGACUCGGGGGAGGACCCCCUAUCCUGGAGUUCACAACCACGAGCUGCUGGACCUGCUGCUGUCCGGACACAGGCUCAAACCACCCGAGGAAAGUGACGACAAACUUUAUGAAGUCAUGCAGAGCUGCUGGGAUAAGGAGCCGACCCGCAGGCCUGGCUUCAGGGAACUGGGCGAGACACUGAAAGGUCUUCUGUUGGAGCUGCCGGUGCUGGAGGCCAGCUUGGAGGCCAGCUACAUCAACCAGGGCCUGGAGGUUGCUGCUGCUGUGGCUGCCUCUCAGGAUCCACAGACAGACUCUGGGGGAAGAUGGGAAAAUGUCUACCUGUCUACUCCUGUGGGUGCUGCUGCAGCCAGAGAUGAGGAUGUGGAAGUAGAGGAUGGCUACCUUAAGUGUAUUACUGACUCGGCAGUUAAGGGGGAUUAUAAUCACUAAAAAAAAAAUACUGUUUUUAUAAGUUACAAAAUGUAUUUCUGUAUUAAAGUGGACCUCUCAUGAACUGUGUGUGUGUGAGAGAGACAGAUGUUGUAUGUGUGUGUAAACAACUCAGGGGCAUUUCCAGUCUGGGAGAGGACAGCCUGUGGUGGCACAGGCUCCCAUUGGAAUCUGAUUGACCACCAUAGGUGUCCUCCCUUACUAAAUGUGGAAGUUGAUAUUGAUAAAGAGCAAGAAAAUGACUGAGAAUGAGAAUUAAAUCUUUUACUUUAUUUUCCACUUUA